AUGUGCAGCUGUCCAGACUCCGUGUUGUUCCUUUUUCGCGACUACCCUGGGGAUCCCACACUACAAGUAUACCUCAAGCAAGCGAUACAUGAUGGAUUAAUUUCUUUGCCAAAAUUUGUUUCAACAUUCCUAUCGGCAGCAAAGUCCACCAAUCUGCAUCAUGCCGCCACAUUGGACAUGCUCUGUAGAGUGGCUCUAGAUGCUCACUACGCAUCGGGCAUGCCACCCUUGGGCUCUAUAGUACCAUAUGGAGAACAGAUCCACGAUCUACUGGCAACAGUGUUCAACUCAUUGGCUUUGCUCCGAACAGCUCACGCCCUUCCCAUCUCCCACUUCCAUCAGUUGACAACCUCUGCUUCAGAAUUACUUAUCUUACUGUUGCCGUUCGCGACAGAUGUAUCACAAAUGCCUCCGCAACUUGUGAGGCCCUGUUAUGAGGAGGUCAAUGCCAUGCUGCAAGUCUUGCGGCUUGCGCCCGCGGUCCGGCAAGAUCUUGACUCGUUCGCAUUCUCCUUAAGCCUUCUACUCCCAGACACCCAGGUGGCGAGAGAAGCACAAAUGAUGCACACGGUGCUAUCAAUUGGCAGGGGUGACUUGACAGGUCCCGGUUCCGAUACCGACCUCGUCACCUGUAGUUUAAUCUUGAACGGCCUAGUGCGCCCCUGUUCAUCUUUUGCAGUAAUACAUGGGAGAGCUUGUGAAUUCGGAGCUGGAGAUGGAGAUCACAUAGUUGCUUUACUUGUGGGACUAUACAGGUGGUCUGCCUGGAAGCCGGUCGUGUUUUACACACAGCUCAUCGUGUCAUCACUCACCUGCCUAGCGCAGAGUGUGGAUGCGGGUCCUAACUCUACGCGAGCGGCGUUGAUUUGGAGAGCAUUCGUCACUGGUCGGUUGCCACUGUUGCUGCACAGAUUCCAGACAGCAGUACAAGGAGAUAGUGCUCCAGAUGCUGAAUGGCACGGGGCCUUGCAAAACGCUGUGUCUUUGGUCCUACGGCGCUCUGAUCUCAUGCAAAGAUGUGACAACAUGAGCUUACAGAUGAAUUCUGACAUUCUCGGAGAAAAAACGAGUCCUCCUGUGGCGGUCGAGAUACUACACCAGCUGGUGUCAGUUGGUCUCAUGGAAAUCUCAACAGGUGCCACUCUUUACCCAGCCCUGUUCAGUGACUUUCAUCCGCGUCUGCCUAUGGAGGCGCAAGAGGCGGGGAUGGACCUAGUUCCCUACAUUGAGUCAAAACUAGUUGCUGAAAGCAACAUCGACGAUGCCAUCGCGUUUGUGGAUAGAUGCUGUCGCGAUCCCUGUAGCCAUGCAGCCUUUGCAAAAGUCGUUGAGAAGAGAUUCACUUCGCCUUCACACUCCGUCGACCUAGAAUCGUUGAGCCACACAUGCAGGAUUCUCUGCCGAUACAACCUAGCCCUCGAUAUAGUAUCACUGCAUGUCAAGGCACAAGUGCUCGUAGCAUAUGCACUCGCUUUCAUAGAGGAUUACGACUGUGAGACCGUCGGCGAUCCACGGACUGCGGUAACGCAUGUAGGAGAUGUUGUCCUCUUCGUGCAGGAAGCAAUAGUCCGAUGCAACGUCUCGUAUCCUACUCUGCGUCUCGGCGAGCGUCAGCUAAGCUUGGACUUGAUACGGUCAGCAUCCACUGCUCGCCCACCCCUGGAGUUCAAAGGAGACGAUAAACAAGCAUACGGAGCUUGGUUCAAGGCUCUCUUCGAUAGCAGCAGCGAGGGUAUCGAAGACACCAUUCUCCGGAAUACACGGCCGAAGACUCUUCUGCGCAUUGCUGCCACUCUGUUCGCUCAAGCUAUCAUCUUCUGCGCCGAACGCAAGAUAGACAGGAGUAUCUUAAACAACGGAAUUCAAUUCUUCAUGGACCCGCUCCUCAACUGGACUUCGGUCGGUGUGGCGAAAUCUCUGAUGACGGAGAUUCGUCGGAGAGGGUACAGGGCACCUCUCCACCUGGACGUUCUACAGACACUACUUCUAUCGUCGUCCUGUCCACCGACCGUUUUGCGUCUGUCUGCUUCAUCUGUACUCAGGCUGUUUCCUGCCGUUCCUAAACACGAGCUCACGCGAAUAGCUCCCUUUGACCCCGCGCUGAUCCGGCGUGCAGCCUUGAAUGCUCUUGGAGCACCUACGGAAGAACCCCCUCGCUCUCUCGGCCAGAACACCGUCUGGACCGACCAUUCCUCGCAAGCAAUUAGGAAUGCAUUCGCAGACGCUCAGGCGCCCGCGCUAGACGUCGACCGCUGUCUCCUGUUCAAUUCUCCGAUGGAUUUCCUCAUGAUGCUCUGGAACGAAAUCUCAGUCACCGCGACACGAGGGAAUAUCGAGACCCCCAAGCGGAUAGCAACGUACGUGCUCACGAUGCCCCGGCGCGCGCAAUCGCCGCCACUGCUACCUAUCUUCCUCCACGAGCAUGUUCCCGGCUUGGUUGCAGCAGCAGACGGCUUUUCUCUAUCAGAACAGGCAACUACUGGCGAACUGCUGAUUGCCGUCAUUUCCUCCGCUCUCACAGCCGCUCUUCAUCUCGAAUACGCCCUUCACAGUGUAUGUGGAGAGCAACAAAUGGUGUUGGGACAAUCAGCUGCUGCGAUGGCUCGAAGGCUGGGCAAUGAUCUCCGCAGAAAAGGAAAUGGAGCUACGGCGGCGAUGAUUGUGAAGCGGCUAACCACUUCGCAGCCAUUUGCUGGCAACUUCCCGACAUUCAUGGCUGACCUUUAGAGAUACAGACAGAUUGCCUCGUUCGCUUACGCUCAAGGACAUUACAAUGAUGACAAUGAUGUCGUAAAUUAUGUUCCGGAAUGGGAGAGUUGUGUGACAGUGAAGUAGUAAAUUGAUCUUAUACAUCCAUUGAUGAUGGAGCUAUCGGCACC